AUGCAUCACAGAUGCUUAUUUUUAAUAGUCUACACUUUUCCCUUGUGCUUAAUUCUUCUAAUUUUAGGUUUUCGCCAUAUAAGGAUCAUCAGCGCUAACUAUGGCCGAACCGAUUCCAUCACAUGUUCUUUAGGACGACCUCCCAGACAACUCUCCAACACAAACUGCUACUCAUUUAGCUCACUAUAUAAUGUUGUAGUUAGAUGUAAAGGAAGGCGCAGCUGUCGGGUGCCUGCUACAAAUAGUGUCUUCUCUGACCCCUGCUUUGGUACCUAUAAGUACCUCAAAGUUGUGUACAUCUGUGUCUAACUGUAAGUUUUCGCUUGCUCUCGCUCUCUAAUACAUAUAUAUAUAUAUAUACACACACACACACAUAUUGGUAAAAUUAAAGUUUAGAUAAAUGUUUGGGUGUCUUUUGUGCCAACUAUGUGAAAUUCUGUGUAAACUCUAGUGACUGCUGUGUGUGAAAAUCCCUUGAGGUUAGCAGUUUCUGAAAUAAUCAAACCAGCCCAUCUGGUAUGAACAACCAUGCUACAUUAAAAGUCAGAGAUCAUACUUUUUCACAUUUAAUUCUGAUGUUUGACAUGAACAUUAACUGAAGCUCUUGACCUGUAUCUGCAUGAUUUUAUGCAUUGUGCUGCUGCCAAAUGAUUGGCUGAUUGGAUAACUGCAUGAAUGUGCAGGUGUUACUAAAAAAUCGGACAGUGAGUGUAUAUACUUAUAUAUAAAAACAAUUCAGAGAUACUUUUUAUCUGUUAGUUCUCCCUUUGUUUCAGUUGCCUUAUAUUUUUGUCUUAGUUUCUUUCUCUUUUCCUGGCAAUGACUUAAAUCUUUAUUGUCCCUUAUUUCCUCCACUUUCUUUCUGCUUUUCUUUUCAGAUUCUUUUCUAUUUCUUUUGUUAUUCUUAUUUUCCUAUUCUUUUACCUUUACAAGGGUAAAGCCCUAACAGACCGUAGCAUUCACUCCUAUUCAAAGGUGUGAUGGAGGGCUGGCUCCAAGGCUUACUUAAGUCAGGGGUUCCCAAACUUUUCCAGGGCAAGGCCCCCCAAAUUGCAUUAACAUUUGACCGAGGCCCCCCUUUUGCAAGAUGUCUUUAAAACACAUUAAAAAUACAGACUUCUGAAUACAGCCACCUUUAUUUUACGUUGAUGUUUUGUCUGUUUAGCAAUUAGAAAGUUAGGUAUAGCAAAUG